AUGGUGUUCCGGACGGAUGUCCCACCCCCAAAACCAAACACUAUUUUUUUGAGUUUGUGGGGGGGCCAUUUUCGGACCGAGAAGAAUCGUGGAACGGGACGGGUAGAAACGAGCAGGCUUGCGAGAAGAGCCCAACAUGAGACAAUAUUCAAGGUGAGUGAGUUGAAAAGGUUAGAUGUCAUGCUUUUUGCUUUCAAUUCUCUUGAAUUUUGCAUAAGGAUACUACAGUAG